CACUGACCAGCCGGAGCACGAGCCCCGUACGUGCCCACUGCAGGGCCGUCUGUGACGGAGCGCGGCGCGCUGACGGAAGUGACGCUGACGUCCUGCGUGCGGCGGCCGCGUCUGGGAGCAGGAGAAGAUGGCGGUCUCCACAGGAGUUAAAGUUCCUCGUAAUUUUCGCUUGUUGGAAGAACUUGAAGAAGGACAGAAAGGUGUAGGAGAUGGUACGGUUAGCUGGGGCCUUGAAGAUGAUGAAGACAUGACACUUACGAGGUGGACAGGCAUGAUUAUUGGGCCACCAAGGACAAACUAUGAAAACAGAAUAUAUAGCCUGAAAGUAGAAUGUGGAUCUAAAUACCCAGAAGCUCCUCCAUCAGUUAGAUUUGUAACAAAAAUUAAUAUGAAUGGAAUCAAUAAUUCCAGUGGAAUGGUGGAUGCACGGAGCAUACCAGUAUUAGCAAAAUGGCAAAAUUCCUAUAGCAUUAAAGUUGUGCUUCAAGAGCUAAGACGUCUAAUGAUGUCCAAAGAAAAUAUGAAGCUUCCACAGCCGCCAGAGGGACAGACGUACAACAACUAAUAGUGGAUCUCAAACUUGUCUUAAAUCAACAACCUUCUACUCAUGUUAAUGUCUUGAUUAAAUAUCACCAUGCAGAAUACCCACACAUUAAGUAAAAGAAUUCCAGCUGGUAAACAUGACCCGGACAGUUGUAAGAAUAUAUUUAAUAUAUGUGCACCUAUUAUGUUUUCAGGUAACAAGAGAAAUGCAGCACAUUUUUUCUUUCUCUACUUAAAGCACUGUCAUUUAAACAUGAACCUGAAGUAUUCAAAAUUAAAUUCAGGUUUUCAAGACAGAAGCAUGGCAAAGGAGUGUCAGAUGGCCACGGAAACCUUUGUCUCAAGAAGGAAGAACAGGAAUGGCAUGCUUUAUCCAUCGUACUUAGAGCUGCAGUUGGAAUUGUUUAAAGUAGCAGGUAUAAUGGAUAGUCAACAAAUUGUGUUAACUCUUGAAGCGGUGUGGGUGCUGACUACUAUUAGUAUCAAAAAUAGGUUCAGGAUUGUUUUGAUACCUGUAUUUAUAAUAAAAAGAUGUUUGGGGGUAUUGCUGAA